UAACUUCGUUAUGAAACAUGAUAUUACAUAUAUAAUAUAGGUAUACUUGCGUAUAACCUAUUUGAACAUGGAGGGUUUUCAAGGUGGCAAACCGCGACGCUUUAUUGUAAAUGGAAAUAACCGUCGUCAGUUGCAGGUGCGCCGAAUGAUGCACCGUCAUGGCGACGUUACCUCCGCGCAAAAAUCCGACACCGACAAAGAUCUCGAAAGAGCAUUUAACACCGUUGCAAAUAUUGUUGCAGUUGGGUUUUCCAGAGCACAGAGCAGUGAAGGCACUUGCAGCCACUGGACAUCGGGGUGUACAAUUGGCAUCAGAUUGGCUUCUGACACAUGUAAGAGAUCCUACUUUGAAUUCUCAUGAACCAAGAGAGUAUGUCUUGUAUGCCUGUCCAACGGGAGUUCUGGCUGAAAAGUUACUUACGUUCUGGAAUGAAAGUAGAGAGCUAGGAUGGAACGGAGCACUGAACUUCAUGCCACAUAUUACAUUGGUGUCAUUCUUCAGAGCACCGGAUGAAUCUGCUGAACAAAUAGCCAGUGCCUUGGAGAGUAUAGUUGACUGCAAUGAAUACCCUGAUUCCAUUGGGUUGGAAACAUAUGUGUCUCAAAACUUUAUGGGAUUAUUUGUCAAAGAUAAGCACGCCGAAUGGCUUACGUCCAUUGCUAUGCGUUAUGUGAACAAACUAGCAAAUCUUAUGAUCACUGCGGAAGCACAUACAAAUUCGUUACAUCUCUCUCUAGCGUAUCAAUUUCCUAAUUCCCUCUUUGUACCUCUAAAUAACAUGGUAGAACAAUUAGGAUCAAAUGUGCCAGCUAACUGGGAACUCAGGUUAUACUCUCGAGAUUCCAGAUUGCGAAAUGCACAUGUCCAUAAAGUGACACAUGCACACGUUCCCAGGGAACAUGAUGAGCUUGAGUUAAGACCCGGAGAUUAUAUUUAUUUACCUGAAGGAGCUUGUGACGCUUCUAUCGACGGAUGGGUCGAGGGUAUUUCCUGGUUAACGGGAACUUCGGGAUACUUACCAUUGAAUCAUACAAAACGAACAGCGGAAUCAGAUGCAUGGACACUUCAUUGUACUAUACAGAUCACCGAUCACAGACCGCAAGUCGGUGGAGAAGUCCCCAGAAGUAGAAAGCCUCCGGUACUCUCCUCGAAUGAAUCUCUAGACACUCCGGAUGGGGUUCCAGCAGAUAAUGAACCGAUAGAAGCUACACAACCACCUACAAUACCGUCACGACAAAUUUUUAUCUGCCGCCAUGGCGAACGUAUAGAUUUUACAUUUGGCACUUGGAUUCCAUACUGUUUCGAACCUAAUGGCUGUUACAUUCGUCGAGACUUGAACAUGCCUAAAGAAAUUCCACCUAGGAACAUACAAGAUUUCCAAAAUGACAGUCCCUUGACGACUUUAGGCGAAAUGCAAGCAACUCUAGUCGGAGGAGCCAUGAGGUCUUCUAAUGUCAAGAUAGAUGUUGCUUUUACAUCGCCCUCGUUACGCUGUGUCCAGACUCUGUCCCAGAUAUUAAAAGGACUGGGGUCCGAUGUUUCCAUGAAAGUGGAACCAGGUCUAAUAGAAUGGUUAGCUUGGUAUCCAAACGGUUUACCAACAUGGAUGAGUCCAGAUGAGUUAGUCAAAGCUGGUUUCAACGUGGACACAAAUUACGAGCCCAUAGUCAAGACCAAGGAACUUCCCCAGAGAGAAAACGCUGCCCAGUAUUACGAGAGGAGUUUUGAGUUAAUCAAGAAAAUCAUCGAGAACACGGUAGGUAAUAUAUUAAUUGUCGCGCAUGCAGCAUCCUUAGCAGCUUGUACCAGGCAGCUUACCGGUCGUAGAAUACCACCAGCUGCCGAAGUCACACGAUUGGUCCAAAGAGUUCCAUAUCUUGCGUGUUUAACGGCUCAUGAAAGUCUGGACGGAUGGCAACUUCAUCCGCCACCUUUUCCGCCAAUCACGCACACGAGUAACAGUCGAUUUGACUGGAAGAUCCUAACGUAAAAUAUUUAUAAUAAUACAGCGCCUCGAUUAAAUACAGCGAAUUUAUCGUUUUCGUAUUAAGAUUUUUAUUGAGAAAUGAUGCAAAGACUGUUACGAUGCAAUGAAUUUCAUUACAAGGCCUAGACGGGUGGUGAUCCUUCAGGUCAUAGAGAUAAAAGAUACGCGAUAGUCAAUAGCCCUUUAUUCUGCUAUACAAAACGACUACGUGUAUUCUAAGGAAAAUAUGGACCAUUUGAAUGAUUAAGAUUACGAAUGAAUUAUUAUAUUCGAAGAAAGAUGGAAAAAUCCCGAGAAGAUUGUGUAUUUGGAAACGAGCUAGAAAGACGUACGCUUUUUUUUGUGUGAUCGAUUUUGCAGUCUACUAUUUCUUCGCUUUCUUUUUUUUCUUCUUUUUUUUCGCGAGGAUUAAAUAGUUUGGUAAAAUAUGAAAUUACGGGUAUUCGCAUUCCAUUCAAUAAAAUCGUGUUGUUCAAAGAUUUUAGUCACAAUCAAGUGUUUCGAAAUUUUAAUAUUACUAUUGUGAAUGUACUUAAGUGUUAUGCUUAUGCAAAUCUUGAAAAUGUUUAUACUUGAAUUUAAUUAUUAGAAAUACAGUUUCGAUGUUACUAAAUCAUUUUAAUUCACGAUACGUCAUCUCAGCAAACUACAUUAUAUUGUUAUGAUCAUUACGUAUGAUCUAAGUUAUGAACUUUUAGAUCACUUUGUCAAUUAUUCGUGACUUCGAAUUUUGAAAUCUUUACGUAUUUUGAAUAUAGUAUAUUAAAUGAGAGGUUACGAGGAGCUAUUUAGAUUGUAAUUAUCGCAGUGUUAUCUUUUGUGGAAUAUUGUAUUAUUCACUUGAUCCGUACCGUUAAGUUUACCAAAGAGAAUAUAUCUGUAUAUGAGAGUAUUUUAAUAAAAAAUAUUAGGCAAACUGUCAAAUAAUUUUGUUUA